AUAACGCGAGAGGACACCAGAGGACUUCUUGACCUAUCCGGGCGGGGCGGGGAAGACGAAAAGGUGGUGGUGAGGCUGGGCCUUUCCGGGGGCGAUGUCGUCUGCAUUCUCAGUCAGCAAGUUCCCCGUCAGCAUCCCCGCCGUGAUCACGCAGACGGACUGGACGGAGCCCUGGCUCGUGGGGCUGGCUGCCUUCCACGUGCUCUGUGCGCUGCUCACCUGCUUCUCAUCGCGGAGCUAUAAGCUGCAGGUGGGGCACUUCCUGUGCCUGGUGACCUUAGUCUACUGCGCGGAGUACAUCAAUGAAGCGGCGGCAGUGAACUGGAGGUUGUUCUCGAAAUACCAGUAUUUCGACUCGAGGGGCAUGUUCAUCUCCAUAGUGUUCUCGGCGCCCCUGCUGCUCAACGCCCUGGCCAUCGUGGUCCUGUGGGUGCGCAAGACCCUGACCGAGAUGACCGAGCUGAGGACCCUGCAGGAGAGGCGGAGGGCGAGGAGCAGACCCAAGGAGGAGUGACGGCUCGGAGCCGGCCCCGCGCGAGCAUCCUUCAGACCCCGUCUGCUCCUGGAACGCACCUAGACCAGCUUCUAGGACAGAGUUUACCGCACGUCCACCAGGGCCCUCGCUGGGCCUGCAGGGGCUCCCAUCUCUCCAGUUAAGUUGUAAACAGACAGAGCCGCGCACGCCGCCACGCGCCCACAGCACUCCUGCGACCGUGUGAGCUGCCAGACGUCCGUCCACGUGGGGACGGUGACUGAGUGAGGGACAGUGCCAUCCACGCGUGGGCACCUCUGUCACCCCGUCACCCCAGUCAACCCCAUCACCUCCAUCACCCCUAUCAUCCCCGUCACCUCCUAUCACCUCCAUCACCCCGUCACCUCUGUCACCCCCGUCAACCCCCAUCACCUCCGUCACCUCCAUCACGCCUGUCACCCCCAUCACCUCCGUCACCCCGUGUCACCUCCGUCACCCCCAUCAACCCCCAUCACCUCCAUCACCCCUAUCAUCCCCGUCACCUCCUGUCACCUCCAUCACCCCAUCACCUCUGUCACCCCGUCACCCCCAUCAACCCCCAUCACCUCCAUCACCCCUAUCAUCCCCGUCACCUCCUAUCACCUCCAUCACCUCCUAUCACCUCCAUCACCUCCAUCACCCUCCAUCACCUCCAUCACCCCGUCACCUUUUAUCACCCCGUCAUCCCCAUCACCUCCGUCACCCUGUCACCCCCGUCAACUCCCAUCACCCCCAUCAUCUCCUAUCACCUCCAUCACCCCUGUCACCUCCAUCACCCCCGUCACCUCCAUCACCCUGUGUCACCUCGUGUCACCCCGUGUCACCUCCAUCACCCCCUGUCACCUCCCAUCACCCCGUCAUCCCCAUCACCUCCGUCACCCUGUCAUCCCCGUCAACCCCCAUCACCCCCAUCAUCUCCUAUCACCUCCAUCACCCCUGUCACCUCCAUCACCUCCGUCACCCCGUGUCACCUCGUGUCACCCUGGUUUGCACAGCGGUGGCCUCUCUGUGUGGUGCUGCCACAGGACAGAACACGAGGGGCUGCCUUGCCUUUCAUCCAGUUAGAGAUGUGACGACACUCGGAGGCCCCGGGUCGGGAUCCACGGAAGCAGUGGCUGGAUGAGCCCCUUGAGUUGUUUUCUGGAAGGAAAGUUACAAGUAAACACAGUCAACAUUCACCUGUUUCAACUAACAGAUUUUUUUUAUGGCAAAUACAAAGAUUGAUUAUA